AUGAGCCGCCCCUCAGAUCGUCUGCGAAAAAAAGGUGAAGGCCUUCUAACCUUCGGCCAAAUUUACGAUGGCUCGGCCGUAUCGGGGCUUGAAGCCCGCGGACUGAACGAUCCGCUCGAUGCCGCUCCGAGGAGGUGCUCAGAAUGGGUGGAGCCCUCGGAGCGACAGCGACCGCCGUUGCCCGGCGCCAGUCGCUGGCUGCCGGUGUCCAGCGUCAACGCCAGUCGUUUUGAUAGCCUUCGUGAUCUCUCUCUCAAAUAUGAGGAGGACGAGGCCCAAGCCAUUCCAGGAUUGAAACUCCGAGUCCGCGAGCGCGUGGCUCGAGAGCAGCCGUCGUUGUUCACCGAGCCGGAAGCGUGGCACCCUGCAUCGCCUUCGCGCAUGUGGGAGCGGUCGUCGACGAAUCUGGGGUUUCGGUCGGCGGCGGACGCGUUUUCGUUCGAGCGCAUGCAGGCGACGGGGCCCUCGGAGACGCGGAUUUUGGGCGGCUCGACGGAGCAGUUGACGGUUCCCUUCGAGCGCGUGCCGGCGACGAGUGAGAAGUUCGUGCACCACACGUCGGCCGCGACGCUGCCGUACACUGGUUUGUGGCACGACGAGGUCACGUUCGCGAGCAAGGCGGAGGCUCUCGGCGCGCAAGAGGUCGAGAGCUUGGCUAAAGCCCCUCCGAAGCGCGCCGCGGAGACUGCGCUGCUUCGCUCCCAAGCCUCGAAGGCGUGUCCGCGGGCUGCUCGCGUGCUGCUGGAGAAACUCCGGCGCGAGACCACUGAGGAUCUCAGCGCAGCUGGGGUCGCCGCCGACCUGCAGGAGCGCGCCGUGCACCUCGCCAAGCAGCCGCUGAGCGCAGAUGAACAAGUCGAGAACCUGCUGCUUGCGGCUGUCCAGCCUGGGCUGGCGCCUGGCGUCGCAGAGAAGAGCGACGAAGAAGAGGAACGAUGCCGGGAGCAGGGGCGGCUCGCCGCCGAAGCACGUGCGAAGGCCGUCGCCAUGUUCUGGGAAUCCAGGCGGCGGGGCGGGGACGGGCGGCGCACGCAGAGUGGGGGAGCGACUGGAGGCCGGGGGGACGAGUUCCAGAGAAAAAACGGACGGCCGAGUCGCUUCAAAGCCGAAGGCGAACUUGUGCUGCAGCGGCACGACGCUACCGCACGCAUGCUUCUCGGCGACAUCGUAGGUCUCGACCGCAUGGAGACAUUUCCCUCUGAAAAGGGGGCUCCGGCGUUUUUUCGGAACGUCGAAGACCCGACAGGCGUCUCUGUGGAGGAGGCGGCCGACGUCCCAAAGGAAACGCAUGCGGAAAACCUGAUCGCGCGCCUCGAGGUCCGACUCGGCGUCGGAGGCGACAGCUGGAGAGACAAGGAGAUUCGAGGGCGCGCGCAGCAGAUGCAGAGACUGCGGGCGACGCACGGCCGGCUUCUCCCCCGUGCGAGUAAGGACGACGCCGCAGUCCCAGACGGCGAAUUCCUCACGCACGAGGACGCAGAGAAGGUUGCUGUGCGCGGAGUCUCCGUGCCGGAUAUUUCACGCGCAGUUCGUCUCGUGGCGAACCUCGAACGCGAUCAAGAGAAGGAGGCAGAUGUGCUAGCUGCGCUUCCUAAGCGAAUCGCUGCCCGAAAGGCGACGCCGGAUGAGGAAAGGAAGAGUGAGCCAAGCACCGAAUCAACAGAGGCGCCGCAGGCGCCCUCGGGCGAAUCGGUAUCCUUCCGUGUGAUCAGCAAAAAGGAUCCGUCGAAGACGUCGGCGCCUUCAGGCUCGCCGGGAGGCGACGGGGAACCACACCGAGGAAGCAUCCUAUCCACGUUCGGCAAGGCCUUCGCUCCGGCGGCGGCCGUGGUUCAAAUGCUUGCUGCGCCGCUGAAGGCGGCGCCGGGACUGCCUCCGGCGAAAUCCGGGGUCAACGAUCAGGUGGCACGCUCUCCGAAGGAAUUGGCUUUCCAGAAAUCUACCGCGCAUGCAGCCAGCGGCCCGUCGGCCGAGCCAGCGGAGCCGACACCAGUCGCCCCGAAGCGGCGCGUUUUCCUUCUCUCGAAAAAGCCUCCGGAGGAUCCGAAGCCCCCAAGCGACGGGCCGGAGACAGGUGCGAGGGGGAAGGAGACAGGGGACGCCGGGGCGGGGGGAACCGGCGGCGCGCGCCCGGGGGACCUCGAUGACGACAGCGAAGACGAGGAGGAGGAGGCAGAGGCAGAACUGCCUCUGCUGUUUCCACGGAGCGAAGAGAAGUCUUUCGCCCUUGCGUCUUGGAACGCCGUAGAAGCGAUUCGACAGACGUACUUUCCGCCAACCGUGCACCGCCAGCCGAUCUACGACAAAGUGGGUCGCGUGAUCCUGCCCAAGUUCCCAGCCGCAGACGGCGAUCGCGUGUGUGGCGGCGAUCCCGCGCAGCAGGCUGACCGCGACGAGGACGACUUGGGCUCCGCGGAGGAUCCGGAAGUCCUCGCGACUGUCGCCGGCGCACCGCUGCAAGUCGUCUACGACAAUCCGCCGUACAAGGGCAAGUCCUACGAGGUCAUGGACGAAUACCAACCCGACCUGGACACCGACGCGAGGCCCGUUGGCCCCGGAGCGGCGUCGCUCAUCUACGCGCCGACCCGGGCUGGACUGCCGACAGCGAGCCCUGGGAAGCGAGGCGAGAAGCGUGGCGCCGCGGGAGUCCGGCGCCGCGGGCGCGAAGAGAGGACCUUGCUGCCUCGGCCGAAGGACUUCACACCCGUCACCCGCUAUCCACACGACGACCGCUCCCGCGCGUCGCUUGCGUUUCUGGGUGUGAGCGAAGAGGAAGGAACGUCGUCGGGCGUCUCGCGGCUCGCCAACUGUGAGGGAGACUUGACGACUGCGCCGUCCGCCACCGGCGUCUUGGAGAUGCUCGGCGAAAAGCGCAAGGGCGGGAAGCCCCUCGCGAAGGCGGCGGUGCGGCCGGUGCUGCUCGGCGAGGCCGAAGGCCAGAUCCAGAGUCUGGAUGCUUUGAAACAAGUCGAGUGCGUCGUGGACGGCGGCUACCGAUUCCUGCAGCUGGAGGAGAAGCUCGGAGACGACGCCGAGGCAGCGCGGCAUCGCCCGGGCUCCAGUCUGUGGCAGCAGCACGCGACGCGAAAGAGACGGAAAAAGUACGAGUUCACCAACUCCUUUGGAGACCUCGUCGUCGCGCCUUUCCUCUCCCGCGCCUUCGUCCCGGUUCGCCUGCAAGACAGAGACGCCGCGUUUCUCAAGAACGAGGAGACGCUGCUGGCGCGGUAUGCAUAUCCAGAGGGACAGUUCUCUCCCGGGUACUACGUCAAGGAAGAAGAUAUCGAAAACCGACGAAGAAAAGUGCUCGAGACCAAACGAGAGAAUAUGUCCGUCUUCGAUUUCCAAGAGAGGAUGAAGCAGGAACAGCUCGCCAAGGCACGGGAAGAAGCAGAGCGGCUCGCGCGGGAGCAGAGCGAGCUGGAGGCGCGUCUCAGGGCAGAGACGCGGAAGGCUCAUGACGAUGUCUUCCGCACGGCGGGCGACGACCUAGGCAGGCAGGACUCGGGCGGGUCUGAUCAACCCGUCCUGCGUCCCACGGCGUUGGGCCGGAAGAAGCAGCGCACGGGGCGACCGCCCAAGUUCGUCGAGCUGACAGUGCCUGAACUCAAAGACAGAUACAGGGCGAUCAAGAAGCAGAACUCCAGCGACCCCUUGCUGGCGUCAGUUGUGGCGUGCAUCUCCAAGAAAAUGGGCAAACCCAAAAACAAAGUCAAGGUGCAGGGCCGGCACCGCCGCCGGAUGGAUCCAGAGAAGAAGCUGGAGGACGAGAAGACGAAGAAAAAACAGAAGAUUUUGAAGAUGUUGGCGGCCCAGCAAGGCGGGGCGCAGGCGGCGGGUUUGUUGGCGCAGCUGCGUGGGAAUGCGGACGAGGAUGAAGAGGCCAGUGAUGAGGACGAGGAUGAUCUCGAGUCGGUGACGACGCAGUACACAUAUCCCUCGGUUACGCUUUCGAGCUACGAGUCCGUCCAAGACACGUUUCCGCACUUCACGUUUAACUACCCGCGCUACUCGCCGUGUCCGCUCAGGUUUCCAGACGUGCGGAAGACGCCUUUGAGCCACUCGGGGCUGCUGCUCGUUUCAGACGACUUCCGCAGUGCGAGGUCGGCGACGCGCGCGCUGGCCACUCCCACUCCCGGCAAGAAGCGAGCCAGCGGCUUCUUCCACCAGCAGAUGUACGUCGAGGUGCGCGACAGAGUUAUCUUCUUCUUUUCUAGCGGCAAGCGCUCGGCGGCGAUGAGUGUCGCCUCCUCUCCGCGCCCGGAGGAGAUGGCGCAGCUCGUGCCCGUCGACGCGGAUGAGACGUGGAGCAUGCUUUUCGGCAUGUGCUUCGACGUCUACACCGAAGUCGAGUUGAUGACGGUCCAGCCGUAUGCGCUGCAGAAGGCCGGCCUCCAGUACCUGGCGAUUCGCGUCGCCGGCAGCAACUCGAAUCUCCUCCCAGGCGCCGCCGCCGCCCUCAGUGGCGAGGGCGAGCGCACUGCGGCAGAGGAACGCGUCGCCAACGACUCGCUGAUUGUCGCCUUGCUGAGCGCGGACUCGGACGAAGAGACACUGCAGUGGUAUCGUCUCUUCAAGCGCCGCGUGGCGUUCGCCCGCUACGCCGAUGCGCUGUCGUCCGCCACCGGCGGCGACCAGCCUGCGCAGUCGGUCGCGGAGUUUUGUCUCUCGGGCGUGAGCACCGCUGGGCUCAGUUUUAAGGGCGUGCCUUUCAGCGCCUCGCUGGAGGGCCUUCUCUUCUCGAAUUUGACCGAGGAGAAGGUGCUCGGCUUCCUCGAUUUGUCCUACCGGAACCUGAGCGACGCCGGCGUCGCAGAAAUCAUGUCGAUGAUCCCCUUUCACGCCGAGGCGAUCGACCUGAGCUGCAACGGCAUCGAGGCCCAAGACCCCCUGCUGUUGUGCCAGCUCGCCAACAAACUGCACGCAGGCAGCCUCGACGUCAGCGACAACCCGCUGGGCACUCGCGCUUCCGCCGGUGUGUUGCUGUUCUCGCUGCUCACCGAGACGCCACUCAGCCGCAUUGACAUGAAUCGCUGCCGCUUUGGAACCGACGCGGCGACGGCGUUCCGGGAGAAGCUUGACGAGUUGCAGCGCCCGAUGGAGCAUCCGAAAGAGGUCUCGUUGAGCGGGAAUGAGCUUGUCGCCACGGACGUCAUCGCGCUGGUCACCAACUACAAGUCCAAGCUGCCAGGCCUGCUGGCGAUUAACGUGUCUGGGAACCCGGCGCUGACGCUCGAAGAAAUUCAGGCCGCUCUCAAGGCGUCGCUGAGCAAAGUUGACAUGUCCGUCCUCACCUUCCUCCCCAGCCAACCGGCAGUUCGAGCGCUGUCGACCCCAAUAAUCGGCGGCGUGCGCACCGCGCUCAGCUUGCCUCUGACACUCUCAGGGCGGCUCUACGCGGCAGGUUGGAAACGCGUCCAGGAUUCGUACGUCUUGGCGCACCCUGUGAAGACGCCGGCCGCGGAACACGACGCCGUCACGGCGCUCUCUGAGGUGCACAGUCUGCUGGCUCGAUUGAACGAAACCAGCCUGCCGUUCGUCUACUUCGAGCUGCGAGGGCCUGCGCUGAUUUGGUCCGACUUGCCGCCGCGCGACGCCUCCUGGCUGACUGUUGGCACCCCGGGCGACUCGUCCGCUCGCCAAGAGACGCCGCGCCCGCGCUGUGCGAAUCCGAUGAGCUCGGCGCGCAAGGUCUCCGGCAUCGUGAUGCACCGCGUGCGCGUCGACUUUGACACCCAGCCCCGCGUGAUGGUCAUCGAAGGAUUUGACCUGAGCGGCCCCGCGGGCACGGACGACCCGAACGCGGACGUCGACCUCCCUGGCCUGAACGACCGAGUCAACCUCCCCCUGACGACCGUCUCCUACGUCCUCAGAGCACAAACAGACGCCGCCACACUCGAGUGGGCGAGAAUCUGCAACGCGAGACUUGCAGGCAUUUACUACGUGAGAACGGAGGCGCGCUUGCAGCGGCUUGUAAGUCCGAGUGCAGUGCGUUUCUUUGAAGUGAGUGGAGGGACGUGCCUAGACUUUGGUGGGUACCCGGCGUCUCCAGAGGGCCUGAGAGCGAUAUUUUUCUUUUUGUGUAAGUACACCAGGGUGAAGUCUCUCAUCAUGUGCAACAUGCGUCUGUCAUCGAGCCACCUGGCCGCGCUGACCGGCGAGGCGUGGCGUCUGUACGAUCUCGAGUGCGUGGAUCUCUCCUUCAACGACUUUACAUCGACCGACUCAGAUGCCCUGGCGACCGUUACGUCGUUCCGCUCUUGCAAGCGCCUCAUUUUGGAUCGCAACCCUAUCGGAGACAGCGCAUUGUUCGCCGACUGCUUCCUCAAACUCUGCUGCUAUCGGCGGGUGACCCAGCUCUGCCUCAACGGGUGCGGACUCGGGACCAAGUUCGCUCAGACAGCUGCCCGGCGCCUCGAAGAAGUCCCCCCCGAUCCGUCCUUGUGUACGCUGAGGACGGUAGAGCUGCAGAGCAACUCCAUUGCUGGGGGGGCCCUCCGUGAUCUUGCCAACUGCCUCGUGAACAACGUUCCGACAAUCGAGACGAUUCGCGCCUACGGGAAUGCCAGCGCAGUUCCCGGUGUGGUGACCCCAGGUCUCGUCGACCUCCGAAACACGUUCGCCGACAAACCCGAACGCGAAGGCCGCUUCGGUGCGCCCGCGAAGCAUCGCGUCAAAAAGGAGAAGAAAGAUGAAUCCGCCGCGACGCAGAUGGUUGAUGAUAUCCAGGCGCACGCCGCGUUGCAGGCGCUUCUCAAGAUGGGCGUCCGCAAUCGCGCUGGGAAGCGAGGCGGGGCGGCCGAAGAAGCAGCUCCUGCAGAAGCUGCCGACGCUGCGGAUACUGCCGAUGCCGGCGGCGAAGGGCCUGCAGGGGAUGAAACCCAAGCGGAGGAACCUGCGGCUGACGCAGCAGCCGCCGAGACAGAUGCGCAGGCUGACGACGCUGAGAAGGCGGCUGAGGAGCUUGAAAGUGAAGAAGCCACGCAAGAGUCCGGAAGGGCUGCAGGGUCCAGCCAGGUGGAAGAGCCCACAGCGGCUGACUCAGGCGACCAAGAGGCGGCGGCAGCAGAGGACUACGAGGGUGAAAAGAGGGAAGAUGACGCAGAGGAGUGA